CGAAAAUUUAAAUGUUCACAUUGAUUGACACCGCCAUCUAGAAAGUAUAACCGAAUAUACCGGAAGGUCACAUAUAAAAAUACCAUUUCAUUCUUAAGUGAAGACUCGCAACUCGAAUAAGAUUAGUGCAUAUGUGAUACGUCAUGUACGUAUGUAUUUAAUAAACUUAUAUUUAUGAUAUGUCUACAGUCUGAUGUCAGUUGCGCAUAUAAAACCAUUGAAGUAUAAUUUGACGUAAUUAAACUUUUGUAUCUGUGUAAUGAUAUGAAGUACUUUCUUUAAUCGAAUGUGAUUACUCUGAUUCGCGUUCAUUGUUUUUUUUUAAAAAAUAGAAUUUGAUCAGGUCUAUUCAACUAUUUUUAUACACAACUGACAAAGAAGAUUCUACAAAAGUUUUGCACAGUAAGAUAAUUUAAUUAAAAUCAUUCAUACUGUAAAAAAAUGUGCACAAAAAAUUUGUUCUAUUAACUUUAUAAAGCAAUUUAUAAGCAAUUAUUAAAGGAAUAUAAAUGUCUAUCUUGUCAAACUCAACAGAGCAAGUGUUACAAAGUGCGUCACCUCUUUCAAUGGAGAAGCAAAAUGUGGAUAUUACCAAGAAACAUGGAAAAAAAGUCGAGAGCGAUGGUAUAUCAAAUACACAAAAAGUAUGGACAAGUUUGAUAUCAGGUGCUAUUGCAGGAGCAUUAGCAAAAACAACAAUAGCACCUUUAGAUCGCACGAAAAUAAACUUCCAAAUUUCAAAUCAACCGUUCUCUGCAAAUGCGGCAAUUAAAUUUUUAAUAAAAACCCUUAAAACAGAAGGUUUAUUAAGUUUAUGGCGCGGGAACAGUGCAACUAUGGUCAGAAUAGUUCCAUAUUCUGCUGUUCAGUUCACAGCUCAUGAGCAAUGGAAAGGGAUUCUGGGAGUAAAUGGAUUGGAAAAAGAAAAACCUGGACUGAACUUUCUUGCUGGUUCAUUAGCUGGUAUAACAUCACAAGGUAUAACUUACCCCUUGGAUUUGAUGAGAGCAAGAAUGGCUGUGACACAAAAGACUGAAUAUAAAACUCUGCGACAAACUUUUGUACGCAUUUACGUAGAAGAAGGAAUACUGGCCUAUUACCGUGGAUUUAAUGCAACGAUGCUUGGUGUCAUUCCUUAUGCUGGUUGCAGUUUCUUCACCUAUGAUCUACUCAGGAACUUAUUGGCUGGUGAGUUAUUUCUUUCAGAUUUAUUCUACGCCGUGACGGUGCUUACACGCAGAAAAAAAAAUCGUGAUUUAUACGAACGAGAGUGGCUCGUGUAUGAUCGUAAAGCAGGGUACCCGUGGGGCACAUCGGGGCUGUUUCCCGAUGUUGGGACAGUACUUACUUUAAUAGCAACGCUUGUCGAGACAAUGUACACGGUGACUAUUCCUGGCUUCUCGACAUCAUUGAUAUUCGGCGCCAUUGCCGGAGCGGUUGGUCAGACUAGCAGUUACCCGUUGGAUAUCGUCCGGAGAAGAAUGCAGACCUCAGCAAUCCAUGGCCCAAUCAACAGCCAGCACUAUCACACAAUUAGUUCAACUAUCACGAAAAUAUACAAAGAAGAAGGUAUAAUGGCUUUCUAUAAAGGAUUGAGCAUGAAUUGGGUAAAAGGCCCAAUUGCGGUAGGAAUUAGUUUUGCAACACAUGAUACAAUCCGUGAUACGUUAAGAAAACUCAUAGUUUGUCAAAAUCAGAAACAUAAAAAAAACAAUUAGAAAGAUUAACAAAAAUAGCCAAUUAUACAUAACAUAGAGCAUGUUAGAAAAACAAGUAAAUAUAUUUUUAUCUGCUAAAAAUUUUUAAAAUAAAGAUAUGUGGUAGACUUGCGCUCAAACUUUACCAUAGUUCUAUUGUUGAUAACAAUUAUGUAGUAGCAAAGUUUGUACAGAAAUCUGUCAAAUAUCCUAUGAAUAUAUAUAAAGUUUAUGAUUGAAGAGAAUUAACAUCAUUAACAUAUUUCAGAAAACAAAAAAUGCUAGUAUAAAUUGUUAAUGUACAUAUUGUUAAUUAAAGUAUUAUAAAAACUAUUUAACUACUGCAUGUUAUAUAGAUAUAUAUCAGAAAUCUCAAAAAACUGAAAACAUAUAUUGUGCAAAUAUUAACGUUUAAUUUAUUAGGAAUGUGAGUAUUUUGCAUAAUAUAAAUUAUGUCAAUGCAACUGCCUUAAGAAGUUUCUGUUUUUUAAUCUAUAUUUUUUUUCACUUUCAAUGAUUAUACAAAUAACUUUAAUUAACAAAUAAUACAACACACAUCUACAUUCUUUUACAUUACAAAUAUUACAAAUAUGUAUAAUAUCUCUAAUUGUUAAUCUAGUAAAGAAACAGUAAUUGUUUUUUAUUAUUAACUACUACACUUGUAUUGUAUACUAACAUUUUUUUAAUAGCAACUGAGUUUUGACAAUAACUUCAUAAAUAUAAUGUAAAAUAUAAAUAAAUAGCACAAUUAUUUAUAAAGAAGCAAAUUG